AUGGGUCUUUGUAUAAAUAAAUCAAAUGUAAAUUCCGAUGGUAAAGAUGUUGAUGAUGAUGAUAGAUCUAGUGAUACAAGCAAUGAAUUAAUAUUUGAAGUUCAACGAUGUGUUGUUCAUAUUGAUACUGGACAUAUUAAAUUGUCUGCUGAUAUGCCACGUUUUCCAGAUCGAACUUGUUUUAUAAAUGAAUUAAAUAAUAUUUUAUUACGAUUUAAUAAUUAUAUUCAUAAUUGGACACAUAUUUAUUAUGAAAAUUUAUUAAAAGAAUCAAAUUAUGAACCAAGUCAAGCAUUAGCAAGACUUGCAGCAAUAGCUAAACGUGCUGGAAUUGUUAUUAAUAAUAAUGAUGAUGAAAAUAGUGAUAGUAGACUAUCAUGUUUAUUUAAUGAAUCUGAAUUACGUCGAAUAUCAGCGAAUAAUUGUUUACGUGCAUCAUUUAUAAAUCGUUUUGCCCAAUUAUUUAGUCAAAUGGAUGCAUUUAUAUGUUAUCCACCAGUGAGCAAAUAUUCUAAUGUUGAUCAAUGGUUAGCACAACGAAGUACAACAAAAAAUUUUGAUCGAACUAUGUUUAUUGCUGAUCAACCAAAACCACAUGUGCCUUUUUUACUUGCAUUUAUGGAAACACAAUCAUUUGUUUCAUUUGUUGAUAGUAAAAUUCCAUCAAAAUUUAAUGAAGAUAAUCAUCUUUUUGGUUUAACUAAUAAACAUUUACAAUAUUUUUCUGAUCAUAUUCGUUUAUAUCGUGAUCGUCGUGAUUUAACUUAUCAAUAUUGUUUAUCAAUUGAUUCAAUUGAUGAAGAAACUCGUCGUCGUUUUACUUCACCUUUUCCAUCUUCAUUAAUUGUAAUGAAUGCAUCAUUAGUUCGUCCACUUGAUAAUUCAUUUUCUACAUCGAAUAAUUCUUAUU